GAAACCUUGUUAUCUGCCUAGUUUCAAACUUGUUCAACCCAAACACCCUUCUAUCCUGUUUCAAACAACAACCAUGGCUGCUACGAUGGCCAUAUCCACCUUGCUCUUCAUUUCCUUCUUCACUAUGUCAUUGGCUUUGGACAUGUCCAUCAUCAGCUACACCAAUGACCAUGACCAAUCAAGUGUCAUGGCCAUGUACGAAGAAUGGCUAGUCAAACACCAAAAAGUGUAUAAUGGGUUGGGAGAAAAAGACAAGAGGUUUCAAGUUUUUAAGGAAAACUUGGGAUUCAUUGAUGAGCAUAACGCUCAAAACCUCACAUACAAACUUGGGUUGAACAAGUUUGCUGAUUUAACUACCGACGAAUACCGUGCCAUGUUUUUGGGUACAAAGAAUGAUGCUAAGCGCAGGGUCAUGAAAACCAAGAGCACCGGUCACCGGUAUGCUUAUAACGCCGGUGACCGGUUGCCGGUUCAUGUGGAUUGGAGGUUGAAAGGUGCCGUUGCUCCGAUCAAAGAUCAGGGAAGUUGCGGAAGUUGUUGGGCAUUUUCAACGGUGGCCACAGUGGAAGCUAUAAAUAAGAUAGUAACAGGGAAGCUUGUGGCUUUGUCAGAACAAGAACUUGUGGACUGUGACAGAGACUACAAUGAAGGGUGCAAUGGGGGUCUCAUGGAUUAUGCUUUCGAGUUCAUCAUUGGAAAUGGUGGCAUAGACACAGAGGAAGACUAUCCAUACCAAGGAGUUGAAGGCAAAUGUGAUCCAACAAGGAAAAAUGCUAAGGUAGUGAACAUUGAUGGGUAUGAGGAUGUUACACCAUACAAUGAGAAUGCAUUAAAGAAAGCUGUGGCUCAUCAACCUGUGAGCGUUGCUAUUGAGGCUUCUGGCAGGGCUUUGCAACUCUAUCACUCUGGUGUAUUUACUGGUAGAUGUGGCACAAACUUAGACCAUGGUGUGGUUGUUGUUGGAUAUGGAUCUGAAAAUGGUUUGGAUUAUUGGCUGGUGAGGAACUCAUGGGGCACUGGCUGGGGUGAGGAUGGCUACUUUAAGAUAGAGCGUAAUGUGAUAAGUUCCACUGGGAAGUGUGGAAUCGCAAUGGAGGCUUCAUACCCAGUGAAGAAUGGUAAAAAAUCUGCAAUCCUUAAUUCAUCUUAUGAAAGCACUGAAGUGUAUAUUAGCAGUGCUUGAAGCACCAUCAUCAUUACUUUGGGACCGGGAAGAGGAACAAGUGCUAAAGGAGAAAGAAAGUGAUGUUGCUGUUACUUUAGAUAUUGCUAUUGGAUAUGACUAAUGAUUGUGCUACUAUUGUACAUAGAUUUCUUCACGUGCAAACUGCACCUGAUUAUCAAUUUGUACUGGUUUUCACUUA